CACCAUGGGGUCUUCUUCAGGGUCUACCCACAGAAUACUUGUGCACUGGCAAGAGCUCCUGCUGGUUGUCUCACUCUUAAACUUUUGGAGCCAGCCCACCACAGCCGAUUUGAUGGUUGAGUCAACUGAGGCUCUCGAGGGAACAGAUGCGACUCUACGUAUCAGCUAUAAGGCUCACAAUGUAUCAGUCAUCCUGUGGUUCAGAGGGAAAACCACAGACAGCACUUAUGCUAUUGCAUAUCUUUCACUAAAACAAGGAAGCCAUGAAAGAGGUCCUCCAGGUGCAGAAGGGAUAGUAGAGGAUGAUGGAUCCUUGCUGUUAAAGAAUGUCACCAUGAAAGAUGCAGGAAUCUACACUGUAAUGCUCCGACUAGAAGGCUGUGAUAAAAUAAUAUCAUGUGGACAGUUGGAUGUAUACCAGCAUGUGAGUGCGCCCACCCUCCUCGCCAGCAACACCACAGUCACAGAGAAUAGGGAUUCUGUUAUCUUGACCUGCAACACAGGGACUGAAUCAGAGACUGAAUUUAUUGAGUGGCUUUUCAAUGGCUCAGCUAUGCGUUACACACAGAGAAUGAAGAUGUCACUUGACCGAAAAAAGCUCACCAUAGCCCCUUUCAUAAGAUGGGAUGCUGGCGUUUACCAGUGUAAAGCCUCUAACCCCGUGAGUUCUGCUGAAAGUGCUCUGGUUAAACUGGAUGUGAAAUUUGAGUGA